AUGGCCGCUGCGUUUGAGAUUCUCAGGGCACAGGACGCCGAUAUCAGCACACGGCGGAGCGGAGAUGGGCCCGUCUCCGGCCCUCUCGGCUUGCCCCUGGACCUCGACACUACCGGCACUGGACCGCGAGUGCCGAUACCAAGUAUAGAUGAAUACGACGUAUUGCGAAAACGCACCCUCGCCAGAGAGCAGGAGCUGUCGUUUGAUGCCCAUUGCCGCUCCCGCGCCACGCACAAGGAAAUUCGUGUUGAUGCCAUUAUUCGAAAGGUGCGAGAGCAUGACGACAGAGAAGUCUACGCGUCCGAACCUAAGCGAAGGGGUUAUCAAGGCCAGAUGCAUGAUCGCUUCGCAGGCGACCACUUCUUGGGCAACGUCGACAUCAUCAACAAGACGGACCUGUUUCGGAUCGCAUCCAAGAUGCCCAAGGGCGCCCACCUACACAUUCACUUCAAUGCCUGCCUGCCGCCGAAAGUAUUGCUUGAUAUUGCAAAAGGCAUGGAUCGCAUGUUUAUUUCAAGUACUCUCCCUCUUAUCCGCAAGGCUGGGGGUGAGGAUGAGUAUGGAAAUUUUGACAAGUGCGAGAUACAGUUUUCCAUCAUGAGUCACGAAAUGGAGAAGAAGAAGCCCGGCAACCCAUUUUCCGCCGAAUAUAUACCUAGCCAUACGAUGAAAUUUUCAGACUUUUUAGGCCAGUUCUCAAGUCAUUAUACAAAGGCCACUGUUGAUGAGUGGUUGCUGCGUAAACUCUUGUUCGAUGAGCAGGAGGCCCACAAUCCCUUCCAGACAGCUGCUGGUGCUUGGGAAAAAUUCAACGGAAGAACACGCAUGAUGAAGGGUCUUUUCAACUAUGAGAGAGCGUAUCGCGCUUAUACAUACCAGUGCCUUGAAGACUUUGUCCGUGAUAAUAUCCAAUACGCCGAGAUACGACCAAAUUUUAUGAGCACCAAUCAGCUCUAUACCGACGACGGCAACGGUUCCAUCGAUAACGAGGGCAUCAUGGAAAUCAUCAUCCAAGAGACGAAGCGGUUUCAAGGGGACUUGGCUAAGAAGGGCCAGUCCUUUGGGGGCCUCAAAGUUAUAUAUUGCACACCACGAUCAAUGGAUCGGGAGAAAGUAAAAGUUGCCCUUGCUGAGUGCAUUGCAUUUAAGAAGAAGUGGCCAGAGUGGAUUGCAGGCUUUGACCUUGUUGGCGAAGAGGCAAAGGGUUAUCCGAUCAAGGAGUUUGUCCCCGAGCUGCUCGAGUUCAGGAAGCAGUGUGCUGAGCAGAACCUCGACAUCCCCUUCUUAUUCCACUGUGGUGAGACACUGGACAUGGGCACCGACACGGAUGGCAAUCUGGUCGAUGCUCUUUUGUUGGGGUCAAAGCGCAUCGGCCAUGGAUUUGCUCUGGCAAAACACCCAUACAUUAUGCAGCACAUGAAGGCCAAGGGCAUCUGCUUGGAACUAUGCCCUAUUUCCAACGAGAUCCUAGGGCUCACACCGCGAGUGAGCGGACACUCCAUGUACCAGCUGCUGGCAAAUAACGUGCACUGUACUGUAAGCUCUGAUAACGGGGCACUUUUUAGCUCAUCGUUGUCACACGACUUUUAUCAAGUCAUGGUGGGCAAAGCAGACAUGGGGCUGUACGGGUGGAAGCAGCUUGCCAUGUGGAGUAUCGAGCAUGCAUGUUUAAGCGAGAAGGAGACAGAGAAGAUGUUGAAUGAGUGGAACCAAUUGUGGAAUAGAUUCCUCGACUGGGUAGAUGAAGAGUAUGGCCACCUCGUCAAGGACGUGGCCAAGAUUUGA